AUGCCCAGCAUCACCGGAGGCCUCUUCCCUGAUGAAAUUCUUCGAACCAGCUGCAGUGAAAGCAGUGGACCGGGGAUGAUGGGCUCCGGCGUGUUGGCCGGUCUGAGGAGGGCGGUGAUCUCUUCGAGGAAGAGAGCGAAAUGCUUCCGCCGGAGACCGCCGGCUGAGCAGGACGACUGCGCGGUGUGCUUGGAGGCGUUUCAGAACGGCGACGAUCUGCUGCAGCUGCCCUGCGCUCACCGAUUCCAUUGCUGCUGUGUCUCCCCCUGGCUCGAGAACAGCUCUCACUGCCCCUGCUGCAGGAUGGAUAUCACUUCAGAACGCCUUCUCUCUUAG